AUGCCCAAUACGGGUGGCGUCAACGGCGCCGGCCCUCACAUGGGCCAGUACUACCCGACCGCCGCAUCAUCCCAACAGCCUCAGGCGCCGAUGGAUGCUUCUGGCCAGUCAUACGUCGGCCCUACGGGUCACGAAGCGGGGGUGACACACUCAUCCUCCAUCGCACCCAACACCGUCGGCAACAUGUCUUUCCAGCCUCUGGGCGGAUAUCCGCAACAGCAAUCAUUCAACGCCCAAGAGUACCAGCAGUUGCAGCAGCAGCAGCAGCAACAGCAACAGUACUUGGGGCAGCAGCAAUACAUGCACAGCACAGGUAACGUGUCAGCUUUCCCCUCAAAGGUCGACCCGUCCUCCAACGCUGCUGCCGCGCUCUGGAAAUCUGGCGUGUAUGGCAUGGCCCAGCCACAUGUGGACGGCUACGCCCAAGCCUUCGAGUACGACCAAUCGGCAGGUAUUUCGCAGGUGCACUGGAAUCAGCAGCAGCAGCAGAUGUACCCACCGACAGAGCUUUUCAGCCACAUGCCCGGUCCAGUGCCACCAUCAGCGCAGCAUGUCGCCUCGGCCGCCGGUGGUCCACCUGGUCCCUCUUACGCUCCCAUGGCGCCUCAGCGAUCACUCUCCCCACCACGAUCCCCCAAAGCCGCGCCCAAGAAACCACCACGCCCACCUAAUGCUUGGAUCCUCUACCGCUCGGAGACACUCGGCAAGAUGUCCAAGGGCGAGAGGAUACCACUCCUUGAGCAAGUCUUGCUCGAGUCAUACGGUCCUCCCAAGUUCGCUGCUCAACCAUGGCCGGUUCAAAACGAAAGCACCGAGGAGGAUGACGGCACCGGCGCCAACAAGGGUCCCAAGGGCUUCCGCAAGGGCAAGAAGGGCGGCAAGGACAUCAACUGGUACAUGUGGAUGCUCGGUCUUAUCCGCUCGCCCGAUGGCGGCAUGCCCCAGUCCGAUGUGAGCCGGAUUAUCAGCAACAUCUGGAAGCACGAGCCAGAAGAACAGCGCCAGUACUAUGACAAACUGAGCCAGAUCAAGAAGGCCGAGCACAAGGAGAUGUACCCCGGCUACAAGUUCCAGCCUCAGAAGCGCGAGGACAAGCUGCGCGAGAAGCAGGAGAAGUUGAAGGAGAAGGAAGCUCGGCGACAGGAGAAGGAGGAUCGCGUUCACCGUAACUCAGCCCUCAAGCGACGCAAGCAACGAAGAUCGCCUUCCGCAGAGCUCAGCGACUAUCAUCCCUAUCAUGUGCCCGGUCACGCUCCCAUUCACAAGCGCAACUCACAUGGCCCGGUUCACGAGCUCGAGCAUCUCGAAGUGCCCUUUGAGUCCUUCCGCGUUCCUCCUGGUGCCUUUGACGCAACGGCGUUCCCCAACCUCUCGGGGGAACGUGUGCCAAGCGGCUCACCUUCGACACAGGCUUCUCAAGCGCCCACAAACGGCGCCAUCACCGGUCAGGGACCCUCCCCUCACCAGACGCCGCCAGCAGGGGAGGCCUUGAACCAGAACCCAAUGGGGUCUGUCGAGGGAACGCGACCUGUCACGUGGAUUGACGUGCAGCCCGUCGCUCCGCCUCCCCCUCAGCAGAACAACCCGUUCCCAGACCUUGCCUCCUCUUAUCAGCCGGAGAUGGGCACCGAGAGCCAGUACUACUUCCAGCCUCUCACGGGCUCGAUCCCCGUCGACUUCCUCAACGGCCCAUUCGAUGAAACGGCCGACGACGAGCUCGAUAACCUCGUCAAGGGUUGGGCUGAGAACGCGAGUAACAUCGACGUCAAUUUCAACGACCUCACGUGGGACACUCAUGAGACAACCAACCCGUUGCCAACAGAAUAUGGCGGUGGACCGAUCAUGGAUGCGAUCAAGCAGGAUUGGAACAGCUUCUUUGGAGGCGACAGUGCGGGCGCCAACGCCAUGCAGUCGGGCGACUAUGGCACUAACAUGGCCUUCUCCUUUGGCAACAUGAACCUCCCACCAGGGCCAUCGCUUGCGGGCGCUCUCCCGCUGUCGCCUGUCGACACGCAGCAGCAAAGCGAGCCUCUGCCCGAGGCUAAGAUCCCGGACUGGGUCGUGGGCUCCAGACCCUCGGCUUCUGGCAGCAACAAUAGCUUGCCGUCGCCUUUCAACACUGGCGCUGGUUCGACCCCCUCAUUCACGUUGAGCGUCGAUCCGUCCUCGAUGGGCUGGACUGCUGGUGGCGAGCUCAUCUUUGAUGACGGCACUAGCUCGGCGGCCAACGCUGGUGCCGCGCCCAUGCACGCCCAGCAGCAGUCACCUCAGAGCCAGAGCCAAGGUCAGCAGAGCCGCAACCCAUCUGGAGCAAGUGCGGGCCAGUACGGGCAAGCGUAG